CCGUGGAUUGUGGAGUCUGGAGUGUAAUGGAAUUUGAGGUUAUGAAUCUAAAAAUACUUCUUCACGGAAUGGGGCGUAUUCAGCAUAAAAAGGUAUUAAAUACUAAGAACAAUAUCAAGAAAUCUAAAUCAAUACAGAAAACACGCAAGCAAUUGCGUAAAGAAAAGAGACAACAAAAAAAAACAAAUAGAGCAAUGUAUUAUCAAAAGAAAAAAUCGAAAAAUCAGUCGGAACAAACUUUGGAAAUAUCAAGGAUUAAUAGUGAUAAAUCGUUGAAAAUAAAAGAGAAAAAUAAUGUUGAACGAGCACCACCAACGCAGAAACGACAAAAGCUUAAAGAUAUGAAGGUAGAAAAAAUGCAAAAAAUUGCGAAAAAACAAAGGAUCAUACAAUUAAAACAGGCCAAUCUGGAUGAGGAUAGGGUGAUUAAACAAUUGGGAAAGCAACUGAAGUUAAAUAAACAAAAGAGCAAAUCUGUUCCAAAGUCUUUCGUUUCAGAUGGAUUAGACUAUCUUUUGGAUUUCUGUGAUUCAGAAAAUAGGAGUCACAUAGUUGAAACUGAAAAGCAACUGUUAGAAACAGGAUUGAGUAAAGAAUUUGAAGAGGACCUGAACAUGGCUAUUGGUGAGGAUGAUACUGAGGAUGAGAAUGAAAAACAUGAUGAGGAAGAUAGCAUAGAUGAUGAUGAAGAUUCUGAACAAGAUUCAGAAAAUGAAAGUCUUUUGUCUAAUGAAAGUUUAAUUCAAGAUAAUAGUGGAGAUAUUUCUUUAGAAAAAACAAACACAAUAAACAUUAAAUCUAAAAAGUAUACAGCAAAUGAGAAGGAAGAGAUAGUAAGUAAAGAAUCCACUCACAGUGACACAUCAGAACAACCAGAUGAUAAUGAAAACUUAUGGGAAGAUAUUUAUGGAAGACAAAGAGAUAAAAAAGGCAAUAUUGUAAUAAAAAAAUAUGUACCACCUGCUGUACGAAUUGAAAGUAAUAAUAUUGCUUGCGAUAAUGGAAAAAUUAGUAGAUUAAAGAAACAAAUAAAAGGUGUUUUAAAUAGAUUGGCAGAACAAAAUAUGCAUACCAUUGCAAAUCAGGUAGAAGAAAUGUAUAUGUCAAACAGUCGUAAUGAUAUGAAUGUAAUGUUAUCUACACUAAUAAUGGAAAGUAUAGUUGCACCAAUAUUGACUCCAGACCGACUUAUCUGUGAACACAUGAUGUUAAUCGCUAUAUUACAUGCAAAUGUUGGUACAGAAGUUGGAGCACAUUUUUUAUUAACUAUUGUAAAAAAACUUCAUCAUAUGUUGGAAGAAUCUCAUUAUGUUGAGAAUAAAGAAUUAGAUAAUAUAAUUCUUAUAAUUUCACAUCUCUAUAACUUCAAGGUAUAUGGUCAUCGCCUUUUGUAUCAAAUAUUAGAGAAACUAGCAACAAAAUUUACGGAAAAAGAAAUCGAAUUGAUUUUGUUAAUUUUAAGGACAGUAGGUUUUCAGUUAAGGAAAGAUGAUCCAAUUGCUUUGAAGGAACUUGUAUUAAAUUUACAACAAAAAGCAAAUAAUACUGCUCUGGAAAAUUCAAGAGUCAAAUUUAUGUUAGAUAUACUAUUGGCAAUAAAAAAUAAUAACAUGAGUAAAAUACCUCAAUAUGAUCCAUCUCGGAUAGAACAUUUGAAGAAAAUACUAAAGAAUUUUAUCCAUAAGGGCAAUAUUGUUACGCAAUUUAAUGUAACUUUAGAAGAUUUAUUAGAAGCUGAUGAAAGAGGAAAAUGGUGGAUAGUAGGUUCAGCCUGGUCCGGUCUUAAGGAUAUUGGUAAAUUAGAAAAAAAUUCAGAAGAUAAAAAACAAAAAUAUAGUGAGGACAUAUUGGAGUUGGCACGAAAACAGAGAAUGAAUACUGAUGUCAGAAGAGAUAUCUUUUGCAUUCUUAUGACAGCAGAAGAUUAUUUAGAUGCAUUUGAAAAAAUUCAUCAUCUUGGUUUGAAAAACCAACAACAGAGAGAAAUCAUUCAUGUUAUUCUCAAUUGUUGUAUUCAAGAGAAGAAGUUCAAUCCUUAUUAUACUGUAUUAGCACAAAGACUAUGUGAUUCUGACAGAAAAUAUCAGUUAACUAUACAAUAUGCAUUGUGGGAUAAGUUGAAGACGUUGGAUGAUUUGAAUACAAAACAGUUAACAAAUCUAGCAAAAUUCUUGACUCUUUUAUUCUUAGGCAAAGGUCUUCCGCUUUCCAUUUUAAAGGUGAUUCAAUUUACGGAAUUAGACAAGUUAACCAUGAGGCUUGUACGACAAAUCAUGCUGGGAAUAUUAUUACACGAGAAUGAGGAGGCCUGUUUAGAAGUAUUUGGAAAGAUAUCUUUAUCCCCAAAGUUGCAAACUUUUAGGGAAAGUCUUAGAUUAUUUAUAAAUCAUUUUCUUGUAAAAAAUAUAUGUGCUGCUGAAAACUUGCAAGAACAUAGUGAACUAUUAAAGAAACGGGCAGAAUUGAUAAAUAAACUUUUAAGUACACGAGAGUCAAAACUUAUAUUUUAACAAACAUAAUAACUAUUUACG